UCGUUGCUUUGUUGUGUCCGCACAGUUGUCGGGGUAACUACGUUGCGCAGCUCCGCGCCAAACUGUUUCGGUCAGUUUAGUGCCGUGAUACGGAAAUGAUACGCUAGUGAACGUAAAAAUUAAUAAUGGCAUUAAAAAAGGAUUUCGAAAUCCCCGUUAGUGUUUUCAAGCAAAUUAAAUUGCCCAAAAGUGCGAAAAUACAGCAGGCAUUCGAGAAAUUGUUCAAAAAGAACAACUAUACGAAAAUAGUGCAAAGUUAAGAAUUGUGUAAAUAAAUGGCUGGUGAAUCUAGUGCAAUUAGUAGAAAUAGUUCUUUUGAUACGCUUUUUAUUGAUUCAGAGACGGAAUUUGUCGGUAAGGGUAAUAAAACUCAUGUGAAAAAUAAUAGAAGUAGGAGUGGGAGCAGAAUUACAAGUUCGUUGAGCGUGACUGAUGAUACAUUUUACAAGGAUCUAGAAGAUUACGUGAAGGAAAUGGCGGGUAAUACGAGCGUGGAAACAGAUGAUGUUUGGAGACAGUUGCAGCAGAAGGAAUCUGACCUUCUGUUGGCGGCGGAGCUGGGAAAGGCACUGCUAGAAAAGAAUGAAGAGUUAAAGAAGGAACAGGACAAGGCGGCUGAGGAUUUCUCUAAAAAACUUGAGGAGUUGGAGCAAGAGAAACAUCUGUUGCGGCGUCGCCUGGACACGAAUCAGGGGGAGUAUGAGGCGAGGAUACUAGAGCUGCAGAAUGACAUCAAGGAGCUGAGUGCCAAGAUCGGCUCCAGGGAUACAUCUGUCAAACAGCGAGAUGAAGAAAAGGCGAACUUGAUCGCUGAACUCACAGCUCAAAACUCGCGGCUCACAGCUCAGCUGAAGGAGUCUUCGGCGACGGAAGCUCAGUUGCUGGCUCAACUCGACGGCCUCAAAGACCAGUGCUCCAUACGGAUGACCAGUUUAAAGGACCACGUCUCAAGUUUGGCAUCCUUGAAGUCCGAACUGGCAUUAGUAACUGACAAGAAACUGGACCUGGAGAAACGUCUCACCGGUUCUUUGCGGGAUAAUGAAAAUCUCUCCCAACAGCUGGAGGAAGCCAAUGACAGGAUUGCUGCUCUUGAGAGGCAGAUGAAGGAACAGGAACAUCUCUACCAGAACACAUUGAAGGACCUUGAACGUCUUCAGCGAUCACAUGAUACGCUGGCAGAGCGAGUCGGUGCACCGGAACCCGUCAAAACCACGAAAGUUGCAAGGUCUCUCCAUUCAGAGAUGGAGACAGAACCUGAAGAGCAGGACGACAACUGGCUACGCACCGAAGCAGUGCAGGUGUUCAAACAACUCAGGUCACUGGCUCUUCAACUUAAUACAGGACACGACGAUGAUUCUGGAUUACACUCGGAUCUAUCAAUAUCAUCACUGGAUGGUGAUGAAGGGGAGACCUUAAGACGUGGAGCCUUAUCAGCCGCAUGCGCAGAUGCAGUUGCAGCUUACGCAACCUUAGAGGGCAGCAGAGUACGUGAUUCCAUUGCGGCGCAUGCGCGACGUUCUAUGGAGAGAGAGAGACAGAUUGACGAGAAGAACGAGUUAAUCGCUGAUUUGUCAUCUAAGCUGUCAGUAGCAGAGGUGGAAUUACGCGCUGCCGCUGAAGAACGUGACAAACUGCUAAAUGACGCAAACUACAGUAGUCUACAAAACGAUGAGGCUGUCGCUCGCGCAAGACAAGAGAGGGACGAAGCUAUCGAGAGGAAGAAAGCUGUUGAGGUUUCCCUUGCGAAGACCCGCGUGGAGUUGAUGCAGGCGAAUAGUCAGCUAUACGAAGCUGUCCGACAGAAGAUUGACCUUGGACAGCAGCUAGAGCAGUGGCAGAUGGACAUGCAAGAGCUGAUAGACGAGCAGAUGAAGCACAAGUUGACGUCAGAGAAGCGUCGCAAGAUCCCCCAACCCGUGCCUCCCACUCGCACUUCAAGGAUCCUGGGCUUCUUCCAGCGGUGAUCUGCUAUUCUUCUCCUUCUGCUGCUUGGGACCUCACACCUGCUUACACAUUGACACAUCCCGACAUCUUUCAGCCACGGAAAAGCGAGAUUACUUUAAAAAGUAGCGAAAAUUUACUUUAGUAUUUACUUUUUACCUAAUAACAUCUUUAAUUACUUUUAGUUAUUUUUCAAUGUCAAAGUAAUAAUAGUAAUUAUUGAGACUUACGUACGUUUCUUAAUGUUUGUCGUUACCUGUGUGUUACUCAAUAUUGCAUUUCUUAAAUCUCUCUUGUCUGUGGCGACAUCUUCUUACACUUAUGACACACUGCGUUGAGCGCUUCCAAAUGUGCUGUCAUCGCGGCCGCCAUCUUGUUUGUGUUUUGCCGCGUUUUAUUUCACGAUUUUAACGUUCAAACGAUGUGUGUAUAUUGCAGUGAUUAGUGUUUUAGAUCAUUUAUUCACUUAUUUGUGUUUUCAGUAUAAUUUUACAUUUGCACCCUUUAUAGCUAUAUUGUUCUAAGUUUUAGUUAAAUUAUGAUAACGGACCGGUUAGGAGACGUACGGCCGAUAUUGUUUUUUUGCUAAAACUUUAUUAGUUCAGUACAUUCCUAGUUUUUGUAAGUAUACGAAAACAAAUAUUAUUUAACCUUUUAAAAACGCAAUUCCGUCAUAAUUACCGAAAUAUUUAUAUGGUACAACAAUUUAGUUUUAUUUGCGACAAUUUCUAGAAUGUAAAUAAAAUUAAUUUCUUAUUAAAUCAGCCACGUACUGUCGCUAACCCGUCCAUUUCAUGUAAAUAAUAUAGAUAAUCAUUGCACCUAUAGAUUUAUUUAGAUCAUAAUAUAGUUUUAAAACGCCAAACGAACUAGUGUUUUAUUGGUCUAUCUUAAAUAUCUCCAAAACCGAAAUGUUAUACGAAAUAUAUAAAAUACUAAAUAAAACACUAUUCAAAGGCGAUUAAAUUACAUUCAAACCUUUUACUAGCCAUAUUAUUAAUAGUUAACGAUCUGCUACAAUCAUUUAAAAAAAGAAAUCAUCGAUUUACGAAAGAAAAAAAAAUGGUGGUCCUUAGAGUACUAAAGACCAUAGACUAUAAAAUAAAUGUACAUUCUGGGGCUUGCCCUACGUGCCUUAAUUGUGACAGAAUAAUACGGAAUUGGAAUGAAGACGCCUUUUUUGUGCCUUAAAGUUGGGCUUGAACACAUUUUGUUCAAAAACAAGAAUUUUUGUUUGGUGCCUAAAGAACUACAAAAUAUAUUUACAAUGAUUUUACAUUGCAUUUCGUCUAAGUUUUAUCAAAUGUGUGACAUUGAAAUUAAUGAAAUACUCCUAUUUUAUUAAUAAUACGAAGGGUACAUUUUAGAGUGCGACACUUCAUUUUGAAUUGCAUAAUCUGUAUGUAAUAUUUUGCUCUAUUUUUGUAAAACAAAAGUGUAAGUUGGCAAGAUUGUAUUAUUUAAAAACUUAAUUAGUUUAAUUGCACUAUUUUAACUAAAAUACUCUUUGUAAUGAAUAUGGACACAUAGUGCUUUAGUUAAAAGGUGCAUUUAUACUAAUUUGUUUUAGAAGUAUCAAUUACAUUAUGAUUAUAAUGAACAUUUUUAAUUAUCCGUUAUAUAUUUUAAUUUUGGCAUACUUAUGUUACAUUCCAAGUACCUAAUAUUCACCGAUAAAUGUACUUAAUUUAACGCUUAUUUUAUAAUUUAUUUUAAGACUGAAUGUAACAGGUCUACGUCCGAUGCAAUAAUAAUUUAUUAUCUUUAUAUUUUAGCACAAAUAUGUGUUUUGUAAUUCGUAUCGCAGUCAUUCCGCUAUUUUAAGGUUUAUUUCGCUAUUAUAUUUCACAAAAAUCACUUUACGUGCGUAUACGUUCAGUGCGUAUACGUGCACGUAACAUUUUCCUUUUUUUUAAUUUGUUUCUAUUUCUACAGAAUCCUGGAUAAUUAGAUGUAAUAAUUUUUUUAUUAAUUGAUAUUUUAGUACUGUUUUUUGCUCAAAUCUUUGACAUACUUAUUACUUGAAGUUUCUUUAAAUUAUUGAAGAAUCUUAUUUUACGCUAUCAUAAUUUGAUUUUUUUUAUAUUUUACGUAAACUACUUCUAUAAAUGUAAACAACAUAAUAUUAAAAGUGAUUUUUGUGAGACAUGUAAUUUUUGUUGCCAUAUAUUGGUGAUUAAGAGCAAGAGCGGUAUUCAUUAACGAAAUUCAAAGGAAUUUUAGCUGAUAAAUCUUAAAAGUUUUAUUCAUACUAACAUUCUACUUAAAAUAUAAUAAGUACUUAAUAUAAAUCUACUGUGAUUAGUUUUAUUUGCAAUAUUGUAUGUAUUUCACUGAAUAAAGUAUGAAUUUUA